GACGAGGGGGUGGAGGAAGAGGAGGAAAGAAAAGUAGAAAGAGUCUGUGGAGACUGGAGCAGAGAGGAGAUGAUCAACAACAACAACAACAGCAGCAACUCUCAGCAUCUGUGAGCCUCCGUGUCUAAACCAGCUGGACGUGAUUCUCUUUUUGUUUUUUUGUUUUUUUGUUAUUUUUUGUGUGUGUGUUGGUUUUAAUCUCUUUUCCUGCACGCGCACAAGUUGUUGGGAACUUUCUGUCUGGAGUUUGAGGUUUUUUUUUUCAUUUUUUUUAUUUCUUGGACUUGCAGCAGACUAGACUAGAUUAGACUAGACGCUGUGUUUUAACUUGCAAAGGAAACGAGGAGAAAACAGCAACGACAACACACAACGCAGCACAACAAGGCCCCACGGAGAGUCUUGCGUGGAGGAAAUCAUGGAGAUCCUGGACAGCAGUGAACCGUUCCUGCACUGGGACAGGAACCUGAGCGAACUGUCUGAGGCCGGAGAGAUCGACUCUGUGCUCUACACCAACCACUUCUCCGAGCUCCUGGACGACCUUUCCCAGGAGGCUUUGCUGGGGCAGCUGCUCAGCGACCCCUUCCUUUCCGGAGGCCGAGGCGGCGUGGAGGCCAUGGAGGGGGAGGACGGCAGCGACCUGUCCCCGUCCUCGCCUCUGCCGCCGCACAUCACCGCCGAGCACAGCUACUCUCUGUGCGGGGACAGCCGACCACAGUCGCCUCUGUCGCACCUGACCGGGGAGCAAGGCAGCGAAGCAGAGUCCGACGGAGACUCGGCCGAGUGGCCGAUGGAGCAGGAUGAAGUCAUCGAAGGCCUCCUGUGUGAGACUCGCUCCCUCCUCCCGACCCUCUCCCUCUCUCUGGCCUCCGUUGACGGGCCUCAAGUGGCCGAGGGUCCCAAAGUGGCCCCCACCUCCUCCACCACCUCCUCCUCCACCUCCUCCACCACCACCUCCGCCACCGCCGCUGCCGCCCCGACUCAGACCACACUCGGCACCAACAACCAGGUCAAAGGCAUCAAGAUGAAGGAGGAGAACAUCAUUCCUCAGAUUAAACUGGAGCCUCACGAAGUCGACCAGUUCCUCAAUAUUUCACCCAAAGGUCUGGAGUCUCUGCAGAUGCCUCCCACUCCCCCCAGUUCCCACGGCAGCGACUCGGAGGGCAGCCAGAGCCCCGUCCACGUCCCGCCGGGCCUUUCCUGCCCCACCUCCCCCACCAGCCCCUCUCCAUCCACGGCAAGCAUGAAGGUGUCGCCCCGCGCCGCCUCCUCCCUCUCCAACUCCCCUCUGCUCACCGCUCCCCACAAACUUCAGGGGUCGGGGCCUCUGAUGCUGACGGAGGAGGAGCGUCGGACGCUGGUUGCCGAGGGUUACCCGGUCCCCACCAAGCUGCCGCUCACCAAAGCCGAGGAGAAGGCGCUGAAGAAGAUCCGCAGGAAGAUCAAGAACAAGAUUUCAGCUCAAGAGAGUCGCAGGAAGAAAAAGGAGUACAUGGACACUCUGGAGAAGAAGGUGGAGACAUGCUCCAACGAAAACAACGAGCUGCGCCGGAAAGUGGAGACUCUCGAGUGCACCAACAAGUCUCUGCUGCAGCAGCUGCAGUCUCUGCAGGCGGUGGUGGCAGGAAAAGUCCCCAAGUCCUGCAGGGUGGCUGGCACCCAGACAUCAUCAUGCUUAAUGGUGGUCGUGUUGUGUUUCGCUCUGUUUUUGGGGAGUUUCUGUCCCAGCGGUCUGACUCCGUGCUCCUCCAUCACUGAAACGGGCCUCGCCGCCAAAGAGUCCGUCAAAGAGUCCUACACAACCACAGUUAAGUCCAGAAGUCUGUUAUCGACGUUCGAAGACGAGCAGCCGCACCUGCUCGGCCUCGGCGGCGAAUACCCCGACCAAUGGGAGGACGCGCCGGCCGUCGUCAUGGCGGCGUGGCGUCGCUCGGAGCAACAGAAACUUACGGUGGAGCCCAGCCGGGUGGAGACGCACCCGCCCUUCAGGAACAAGGGCAACGAGACGCAGACGAAAAACCUGCUUCUGCACAGGUCUCUGGAGCAGAGGAUGAAUGAGAGCAGUAGUAAAGUGAUAGAGCUGGAGCGGACGGUCAAUGAGACGUCCUGAGGCUGACCCCUAAAUAACCUCCCAUUCAUGGCCUUUUACCCCCCCACCCCCCAUCCCCUAAACCCCCGCACCUCUGGAGCAUGGUUCAGUGUCCUGGAGCAAACCUCAAACAGUAGCCGCCCCCCCCUCCCAAACCCGCGCUGCUGUUUAUGCCAUCUCUGUUUAAUCACAUACACUGUAAUGGUAGAAAUAAUAAUAAUUAAUAAUUAAUUAAUAAUGAAUAAUAACAAAGGGGCACUGGUUGCCUCAAUUUCUGAAGUAAAGUUGCACUGAAUAGUUUUAUCAUGAGUCAACUUUUUUUUUUUUUUUUAAAAAUUGACCCGACUCAAGACUCAAGUGUUGAAAAGUCACAUUGGGAUCAUUUCAAACAGAUCGAGUGAAUAAUGUAGCGUGGCAUUAUGUUAAAAAUAUGACAUGUUGAGGCUUUUUGCAGGACACUGACGAGGACCUCUGUAUUUAUAGAAAGCUUUUUUUUUUUUUUUUUGUUUUUAUUUUUAUUGCUCUUUUUUAGUUAUUAAAUGUUUUUUAUGUCAUUCCGGUUAACGCAUACAUCCCGUUUUUGAUACUUGUUAUUGUUAUUUUAUUGUAUUCUUUUAUAUAUUGUUCCUAUUUUUCUGAAGUUUCCUGCAUUGAGGGAUUCGCGUGAGGUUCCCGUGCUCCUUUUGGGGCAAAGCUUGAACAUUUUUAGAUGCUAAAAUGUUCCUGCAAAUGAUAAAUAUUUAGGUUUGAUGAUAAUAAUAAUGAUGCAGGUUGACUCUCAUUUCACAACACAACUAUAGGCGUCACGUGCGGGAUGUUUAAUAUGUUGGUUGGCAAAUCUGCAACUCAUCUUAGACUCAUAUCUACGUUUUAGAUGCUAACGCUAAAUUCUGACUGACGGACGCACAAAGUCCCAAGUCAACUUCAAUACAAAUCAGUUUAUUUUUGCUUGUUUAAAGUGUCUUAGUGGGUUACAUUCGUCCAUUUGACACUUAAUAUGAAGCUACAUUAGCUUAGCCUAGCUUAGCCUAAAUAUUUGUUCUGUCCAAAACUAAAAAAAACAACCUAAAACUCACUAAUCAGCAAAUUAUCUAAACUAAGCUAAAGAGUAGCACGUUAAUUUCACGUGAUGCUGCUUUAUUUUUGUCUGUUAUUUUGAGUCUUAGUCGAUUACAAAUUACAGUUACAAUUACAAAAUGCAAAGCUAUGCUAGCUUAGCCUAGAGACAUAGAGCUAGCUUACAUAGAGCAAGCCAGACAGCAUCUGUAAAACUAGCCCAAACUAAUAAAUGAUGCUACGCUAACCUUUAGAUGGUUUAGUGUCUUAGCAUAACAACAGAAGCAAAACAACCUACAGCAUCUAUAAAAACUCUCCAGUUAACAAAUUAUCUACAAUAUAAGAUGCAGAAGAUCAGAUUUUAUUUCCAUGCUAAGCUAGGCUAACUGCUUCAUGAUAGCGUACGUGUAGGUUUCGGCCUUCUCAUUGUUCUUUGGGUAUGAAACGAAGUAUGACGCCGUUCCUAAAUUUAAAAAACAAAAAGAAAGAGGAAGCACCUGAAAUUAAAUUAAAUUAAAUUAAAUUAAUGAUGGAACCACAGAAUCCGCUCUUUGCACUGACUUCCUGCCUUUGCCUUGCACACUUUAGCCGCCAGCAGUCGUCUCUACCUGCUAUUUCUCAGCAUUUGCCAAAAAAAAAGUUUGCUUCCCAGGAGAAAAAAAAAAUAAUAAAUAAAAAAAUAUAUUUUUGUAAAUAUGUGUUGUUAAUAAAAGUUUAAAUGUGUCUGGGAUCUGUAGUUUAUGAACUAAUCCAUAAUUCAUUCUGACUCUAUUUUGGAUUCUGUCCUGGUGAUGAAUUAUGAACGUACAAAGCCUUCGCCGCAGGGUUCGUCCUGACUCUCUGUUCGGGUUCAGUCUCUAAUGUAACACACAUUACAUGAUAUUUUUAUGUGUCUGAGCUUUAAUGAAACGUGUUCAGAAAGUUAUAUAUGUAUAAAAAAAAAAAAAGUGUUUAAGUAAAAGUUGAAAAAGGCCACGUUUACAGACUUAAAAACUAUAUUUUGUUCUAAAUGUUUGCAAAUCGGUGGAUAUAUUGCCAAAGAUUUGUAUUCAAGUCAACGUGUUUAUGAGAUGUUUUGUCUUUAUAGUCACUGCCAAGUCUGAAAAUGUUCAUAAGAAACUAAAGAGUGGAAAACAUUUGUCCAAAUCAGAUUUCAUUUUCUCUUUUUUCCUUAUGUGUAAAAACUGGGCUUUCUUUCUUCUUGCUUUCAAAUUAAUAAAGUAUUUUCCUUAGUAAAAGCAUAA